AUAUUUUCCUUAAUGUUAAGAUUUUGUCCAAUCGGUGGAAUCAGUUGAUUAAUUAAUUGUGUCAACCUAAUAUUUAGAUUAUCUAAUUGUCGAUAAUAAUUAUAGUUCGAUGUGUUUUAUGUUAUGUGAUUUUUGAGUGAAAAAAAAGAUCAUCACAAGUUGUAAACAAAUGAAUUGUGGGUUUCGCUUCAAUUGUGAUUCUAUUUCAUCUCAAUUUGAUUACAAACUAUUGGUAAAUCUGGUAGAUUGUCACAAUUAACAAUGAAGCUCAAUUUUUCCUCAAUCAAAAGUUUCAACUGCUCUCAAGGUGCAGUGCGAGCGGUGAGAUUCAAUGUCGAUGGUGAUUAUUGUUUAACCUGUGGAAGUGACAAGAGUAUUAAAUUAUGGAAUCCAAGGAAAUCUCUUCUUCUGAAAACGUAUUCAGGCCAUGGAUACGAAGUGAUGGACGCCCGAAGUUCUUGCGACAGUUCUCAUAUCGCCUCGGGUGGUUUGGAUAAAUGUAUUUUCCUUUGGGAUGUUUCAACCGGUCAAGUCGUUAAAAGAUAUCGAGCUCACCAUGGGUUCAUUAAUUGUGUCCAAUUCAAUGAAGAAUCAACUGUCAUUCUAUCAGGAUCAAUUGAUUGUUCAGUUAAGACCUGGGAUUGUAAAAGUAGGAGUAAAGAUCCAAUUCAAGAAUUCAAAGAGGCGAAAGAUUCAAUCACAUCAAUUACAGUUUCUAAUUAUGAAAUAAUCACAAGUUCAUUGGAUGGGAAAGUCCGUCGUUAUGAUCUUCGGAAUGGUAAACUUCAUGCCGAUGAUCAAUCAUGUUCAGUUAAUUUUGUCAGCAUUACCAAAGAUGGACAAUGUUUAUUAGCUUCAUGUGCCAAUGGAAUCAUCAGAAUGGUGGAUAAGGAAAGUGGUGAAAUUUUAUCAGAAUAUCGUGGUCAUGUAAAUAAAAAAUAUCGCUUGGAAAAUGGUCUAAUCAAUAACGAUUCAAUUGUUGUCUCCGGUUCUGAAGAUGCUAAUUUAGUUUGUUGGGAUCUUAUCCAAGGUAAAAUCAUAGAAAAGGUUCAUCAUGAUAAUCAUCGAGUAAUUCAUUCAAUUGAUUGUCAUCCAACUAAAAACGAGAUAAUAACUGCUGGAGAGGGAAAUGUUCAUUUAUGGGAAUUUAAUCAACAAUCUAGUGAUUGAUUGGAGCAGUUGACUAACAAUUAAGUUUAAAUGGUCAUUCAGUUUUCACUAAUCAUCUCAAUGUUUAUGGUUAACAAUUCAAAUUGGUUCAAUGGAUAUCUGAUUGUGUGUAAUAGUAUUAGUCACAAUUUUCAAUUCAGCUAAUUAAUCUAAUCAAAUUGAAAUAUUUUCACCAUUAGUAAUUAUAUUUUACUCUAACCAGGAAAUUUUUAAUUACGUAAGAUUUUUUUGAUUAUUUAACAAUGAAUAUUGCAACAACUUUCUGAUUACAGUUAUUACAAAUCUAUUGAUUUCCAUUAAAUUUAAUUAGAAUUUAGCUUUUCAAUCAUGAUUAGGUUCAAUUAUCAACUGUAACCAUGGUUUAUUAUCAAUUUGUAAACUGUUAAAAGGCCGAUUGUUUCACUUAAUUGUUGUUAAUUGUAUUCCAAAGUUGAUUUUGGUGAAGAAAAAGUUAACAAUGUGUUUCUCCUGUUGUUUUGGCUCUGAAGAGGAUCAACCACCUCCACCACCACAGUACCCACCUCAUCAUGAGAUUCAUCAUCAUCCACCGCCUCAUCACCAUGAACCACCUUAUCCACCACAACCACCACCACAUCAUCAUUAUGAACCACCACCACCUCCACAUCAACAUCAACAUCACCACGAGCCUCAUCACCACCAUCAUGAGCCACCUUACCCACCACAACCACCACCACAUCAUCAUUAUGAACCACCACCACCUCCACAUCAACAUCAACAUCACCACGAGCCUCAUCACCACCAUCAUGAGCCACCUUACCCACCACAACCACCACAUCAUCCUUACUAAAUUAAGUAAAUUACUUUGAAUCUUAAUCGUUUUCUAAAUACUCCAAUACUCCAAUAAACGAUAUAUUUUUUGUAUUUGAUUUGAAACAAAAAAGGUUAAGUUUAUUAAAUCAUGUUAAUUAAACACCAUUAAACUAUUACAA